CUGUCAUUGACUGAAUCAUAGCACACAGGGAAAGUUUUCCUCAUUGUGGAAAAACGCUCCAAUAUGAAAGGCGCGAUCAGUUGUUUUCGGGUUAUAUUUUACUUCCCAUUAUUAUUUAUACUUGUUGAUGGAAGAAGAAAUGAUGAAAUUCUCAGAUAUAUUCAGUAUACUGUUAGUGAAGCUGUACGACAAAUAUAUGAUUUUCUAUGCAAUGAAGAGAAUUCUUAUAUGAAUCUUUUGGGGAGAGAUCGCUAUAUUUUUCAAGCUGCUGAACUAUCCCAGGAUAUUCUCAUAUCCAUGAAAAAAGCUAGAAAAAUUCACGGAUCCAUUUGCUGUAUUUUGAUGGCUAAUUUCUCUUCUACUAUGAAUGACUACUUUCCACUUUUUUGAAAACAACGGAAAUUAUUGUGAAAUUCAUUUCAUUUAUAUGAUUCAAUCAUUUCAUGACGGGUGUAAAAACAAAUAAAUGUAGAA